AGAGCAGGAGCCCCGGCUACUCUCUUCUUCCUCUACCAACGCCUUCCUUGCUCCAGUUUGCCUUCUUUGAUCCAGGCUGCCCCUCGGAAAGGGAAGCAAAGGGGUGGUUGCAAAGGGAGAUGCUCUCCUGGAGGACCUCCCUUGCCAAGGAAAGCCAAGGAAAAGGAGUGGCCACCUGGCAAAACCUUUGAAAGGAGACAAGCAUUGGUUCGCUUUCAUUUUUUCUCGCCUGGGACCAGGAGAAUAGAACAAGAACUGGUUUUUCUGGACCGAGAAGAAGACAAGGAAUGGGAAGUCCAAGCAGGGACUCCAAAGGACUUUGAGAAAGUUGUAAACCUUGGGAGAAACCCUUUAAGCAAAGCUCAGGCAGGUUGGGCUGGUGUGAGUUCAGUUUGUGUUGAGUUGCUUUGGGUUGCACUCUCCUAGCUCUCCCCUAAACUUGUUUUGCAAUGCUCUCUUGGAUUUCUCCUCCCAGCUUUGAUUUCCUUCCUUGCCUGUCCUGGUCUUCACAUUGACUUUUCACGCCCAGGAUUUGGUGGAAAAAGGAGGUACAAACCCAAGCUCUGUUUACUUUUUUUCAAAAGGAGAGCAGCUCUGUUGUGGACAGUCUCACCAUGUCUUUCAAUGGCUCGUUCCUCCCCUUGGGCAAUGGGACCCUCCCUGUGACCCACCCUGCGGACAACAGCAAGGCCUUGACCAUCCCUACGGUGAUGUUCAUCUUUGGUGUGGUGGGCAACCUGGUGGCCAUCGUUGUGCUGUGUAAGUCCCGCAAGGAGCAGAAGGAGACCACUUUCUACACACUGGUCUGUGGCCUGGCCGUCACUGACUUGUUAGGCACCUGCCUGGUGAGCCCCGUCACCAUCGCCACCUACUUGAAGAACGAGUGGCCCGGAGGACAACCGCUCUGUGAGUACAGCACCUUCAUCCUCCUCUUCUUUGGCCUCUCUGGGCUCAGCAUCAUCUGCGCCAUGUCCAUCGAGCGCUACCUGGCCAUCAACCACGCCUACUUCUACAGCCACUACGUGGACAAGAAGCUGGCUGCCCUCACCCUCUUUGCCAUCUACGUCUCCAAUGUCCUCUUCUGUGCCCUGCCCAGCAUGGGCCUGGGCAGCACCAAGCUCCAGUACCCGCAGACCUGGUGCUUCAUCGACUGGAGGACCAACAUCUCUUCCCAUGCCGCCUACUCCUACAUGUACGCCGGCUUCAGCUCCUUCCUCAUCCUGGUCACCGUGGUCUCCAACGUUUUGGUCUGCGCUGCCUUGAUCCGUAUGCACCGCCAGUUCAUGCGCCGCACCUCGCUGGGCACUGACCAGGCCUCCAACCGCCUCUCGGACUUUCGGCGCCGACGCAGCUUUCGGCGCAUGGCUGGGGCAGAGAUCCAGAUGGUCAUCUUGCUCAUUGCCACCUCCUUGGUGGUGCUCAUCUGCUCCAUCCCUCUUGUGGUGCGUGUGUUUGUGAACCAGCUGUACCAGCCACCUUUAGUGGAGGACAUUCAACAAAACCCCGAUCUCCAGGCCAUCCGCAUUGCCUCAGUGAACCCUAUCCUCGAUCCCUGGGUCUAUAUUCUGCUGCGCAAGACUGUGCUGAGCAAAGCCAUCGAGAAGGUCAAGUGUCUCUUCUGCCGCAUUGGAGGGGCCCAUCGGCAGCACUCGGGAAGCAAUUUCAACUGUACCGAUGGGCGCAGGGCAUCCUCUGCCACAGCCACCCACUCUCCAUCCUUCAUCUCUCGAGAGUUGCGGGAGAUCAGCAGCACCUCACAAACACUCCUCUACCCUCUGGAGCCAAGUGAAGGGACUGUUGGGGACCGUAUGCUGUUACCGGGGGCCAGCAGCAACUUGGCUCAAUCGGAUACCACAUCUGUAAGGACAUUGAGAAGUUCAGAUACUUCAGAGUCUUCACAGGGACAGGAUGAGAAUGUAUUUUUGGUAAAUGAACUCAGGCCUAGUAGGGUGAACCCCAAUCCAAAGAGCAGCUCUCUUCAGGUCACCUUCCCUAGUGAGACACUGAACUUAUCGGAGAAGUGUAUAUAAACCUGGGAGGACUUGUGCAAAAGAUGGUCCUUCAAAAGACUGUCAGAGAGGAACUGGCAUAACAAGACGGAUCAAAUGCCCAGCUCUUGCCAUCUGGUCUGUUGUGACCUGCCAUGACUUAAGGCACAACCAAGACCUAUCUGGCUUUUCACUUUCCCAGUUCAAUGGGAUCAAGUAGCCAUUUGGAGCAAGGUGGAAAUGGGCACCUACACAUAGGCAGCCAUUGGAGGUGGAAGCUAAGCACCCUGACUUCUUGGUUGCUACACCUUCAGGCACUGGGUAUGCCUUUUGUGGUGGGAAAAGAGGGUAGCUGCUGUAUCUUUGUACUUUCAUUAUUAUGUGAUAAGCACAUUUUUUUUGCAGGAGACGUAAGGACUAUCUCCACUCUGCAGACCUUCUUCUGCUCUCAGACCCUGCUAAUGUAACAGAUGAAUGUAUUGGUGCCAGAAGAGUAGGCUGCAGCUUGUGCCUUGUCUUGCCCUGUGACAUAGGACUGUUUUCCAGGGUUACAAAGAGUUGUAAUUUCCCCCCAGUUCACUUAGAACUGAAGCAUACUUAUCCCUCAUUCCUUUGCCCUCAUUAUGGAAUAAGGUUGAGAGAGAAAUCACUACAAGUUAGCUGCUGGUAGCUGUGCGUAACUGCUCCAGAUGAUAUAUGAAAGUGAAAAUCUCUCAAUUGGUAUGAAAAAAAUGUGAAUUUCUUUCUCUGGUUGUAAAUAUAUAUAUAUACGUAUCUUGUCUAAAUGUAUUUAAAAACUUUAUAUUCUUCUCUGUGAGAAGGUUAAUUAUUAAUACAACGUAUACUGAAAAAGAAUGUUGCCAGCCCCCUUUGCCUCUAAAUGCCUGCUGUUAGAUAAUUUUACAUUAGAUUAAUUUUUGAAAGAUGCAGAUUCAGUGGUCCAAAGCAGAACUAAAUAAUUGGACAAGGCUGGAAGAGGUGGGAAUUCAACCGAAAUACAUUAUAAUUGCACCAGGGAAAAUAAAGGCUUUCUGUUUUUCAACAUUUUGCUCAUAUUGUGUGUGCACACCCAAACAAGAAAGUGGAAUUUAUGUGCUGUGAAUGCAUGCUUGUAAAAAUGAAAUGGCUGCUACUUAGGCUAAUAAUACAGUUCUCUAAACAUGUGAUGCCCAGUUCUUUGCAGGCUUACUUACAGAAAAGCUCCAUUGUCUUAAUUGCACUUUGUUGUUAAGCACAUCAACUUCAGCUUAUGGCAACCCAAUGAAUGAAAGACCUCUGGGACACUCUCAACAGCCCUGCUCAGGUCUUGCAAACUCAGGCCUGUGGCUUCCACCUGUAAUGCUUCUUUGUGCCUUUCCUAUUGCCUCCUACCUUGCCAAGCAUCAUUGUCUUUUCCAGUGUGUCCUGUCUCCUCAUGACAUGUCCCAAGACUUGACAAUCUCAGUUUAGUCAUCUUGGCUUUGAAGCAGAGUCCAGAUUUGGUUUGCUCUAGGACCUAUUUAUUUGUCUCCUAGGCACUAGUAGUCGUGAAUGGUGACACUGGCAGAGGUACCAGCAGUGGUAAACCACUCUUGAAAACUUCCAUCUUAAAAAUCUUAUGAUCAGACAAUGGUACUUCCUCCAAAAUAAAUAUAUAUUGAAUUGCAGCCUUAAGAACCUUAAUAGGGGUGACUGCAAUAUCUAACCACUCUUCUAAAAGGUUUUCAGGAUCCAGGUAUAACAUAUUUCUGCUUGAGAUCACUUUAAUACUAAACUAGUAUACUUGGAAAGAAGACCUCCUAAAUUGAGUUAAGCCAUUUAGUUAGGACUCUAAUCCCAGGGCAGGUCAUGCAUGCAGUAUCUCCAUGCAAGAACAUUCAGAGAUAUUCAAUCAGGAUUGUAUUAGUGGCGGCACAUGAGGAAUUUCCAUGCUGCCUCUGAAACGUACAAGUUUAGGAGAGGUCAAAUUAGAACUAUUGAACUGCAUAAAAAUUGAGGAUGUGUGUUGUGGUGGUUGGAUUAGGAAUUUAACAGAUCAGGAUUCAAAUCCCCCCUUGGGAACAGAAACCAGUUGGGUGACCUUAAGCUAGUUAUAUUUUCCCAGGCUCAAGGUAACAAUGGCAAAUAAAUCUUGCUAGGAAAAACCAAUUAUAGGUUCACUUUAGGGUUAAUAUAGGGCAGAAAUAAUUUGAGGAUACACAACAGAAUGUGCCUGGCCCUCACUGUAGAUCUACCACUUCAUAUAAGUGGGCCACAAACCAAGUUGCACUUAGUGCCUCUUCUUAAAUGCUAAUGAAAUGUUUCUACAUAGGAUAUUCUACCCAAACGGACAUACUAUAGGCUUACACCAAACAGCACUUAUACACUUCCUAUAAAACACAAAGAAUUAAGGAAGAAGUAGGAAAGUGUAACUUUCCAGAUAUUAUUGGGCUGCAGCUCCAAACAUUAGAUAUGUUGUUUGGGGCUGCUGGGAUCAGUACUCUAGCAACAUCUGGAAAAUGCUUUAUGCCAUCCAGAAAGAAGUAUCAUACACACGAUUGUAAAACAUGAAAUUCAGGACUAGAAGCAAUAUGGUGUCAAUGUUCAAUUUUUUUUGUGAGUGAGCCUAGAGAUUUAUAGUGUUUGCGUGUUUGUUGCAGUAUGAUCUUGCCUAUUUGUGAAUGUGACAUGUUUUCGUUGGGAGUGUUCCAGAGAUGCAGCCCUACUCCAAUAAGUUACUGAAUCACAACUCCCAUCCUGACACCCUGACUAUAUUGGCAAGACCUGAUGGGACUUGUUGUCUAAUAACGUAUGGAUCUUAACCUCUGGUAGGGGGGAAACUGCCCACACCACUGCUUUUGUGUCAUUUUAGCCAUUUUGAAAUGUGAUUGCCCAAACUGGUCUUAUGGAAAAUCUUUCCAUUUUUUUUUUACACAAAUACCAAGAAUUUGCACUACUGCUUUGGAAAUACUUAAACCACUAAUAGAUUAAAUGGACAUUACAGGGACCAAUAGCCAUAAGAUUUCACUUCACUAAAAUAGCAGGUAGCUACUAAAGACCAGAAUAAAUGUUUUAUUUUUGUGCCAUAUUCAGCUGGAUUUUUGUGCCUGAAUGUUGUUACCUUGUGCAUAUAUACAAAGGUCUAGUGUCUGUCUCCCAUCCCCACCACACCAGGAACAUGUUGUGCAUGUUACAUAGUUUAAUGUGGUUUCCCUGUGAAUCGCUUUCUGUUGGAAUUCCAUUUCUGGGCCUAAAUAUCAGUGAUACAUUUUACAAAACUGUUUGUACUGACACAAAUCUCUUUUGGAAAUUAAAUGCAGAUAUACCAUUGAA